CACAUGCGUUUUUCCAUGAAAAAAUACAACCACAAAGUAGUAGUCCAACUUUGUAUAUAUACAGAUGUGGUAUGUGCUCUUAAAUAGAGGAAGAAAAAAGUAGAUGAAGAGAAAUGGAAAGAAGAGUUGGUUUUUCUGGUGUGAUCACAUUAAUAGUAAUGUGUUAUUUUGCUAAUGCAAUAUUACAAGUGGAAGGAGAAGUGCCUUGUUUUUUCAUAUUUGGAGAUUCAUUGGUUGAUAGUGGUAAUAAUAAUGAUAUGCUCACUUUUGUUAAAUCGAAUUUUAUUCCUUAUGGUAUUGAUUUUCCUCAAGGACCUACAGGUCGUUUUUGCAAUGGUCGAACUUUUGUUGAUGUUUUGGCUGAAUUUCUAGGAUUUCCAGACUAUAUUCCACCAUUUUCAAGAGCAAGUGAUUAUGAUAUUACUAAAGGAGUUAAUUUUGCAUCUGGAGCUGCUGGUAUUAGAGAUGAAACUGGAAAUUAUCUGGGGGCUAAUGUUCCAAUGAAUACACAAAUUAGCAACUUUGCAAUGAUAGUUGAACAAAUAAGGGAGUAUUUAAAGGGAGAUGAAAUUGCAGUGAAGAAUUACCUAAGCAAAUGUAUGUAUUAUUCUGGUAUUGGAAACAAUGAUUACCUCAACAAUUAUUUCAUGGCUUGGCGUUAUCCCACCAGUUCUAUUUACACUCCACAAGAAUAUGCAGUUGACCUCCUUCAAGCUUAUAAGCUUCAACUUACGGCUUUAUAUGAUCUUGGAGCUAGAAAGGUGAUAGUUCCUAAUAUUGGGCAAAUGGGAUGCAUACCUAUUAGAAGAGUGAAGAAUGGGACACAAGAAAGUCUUUGUAACGAGGAUGAUAAUUAUGUUGUCAAAUUGUUUAAUUCGGGCCUACGAGAUUUGGUUGAUACUUUUAAUAAUGCUCGAUUGCCAGGAGCCAAGUUUGUAUAUGUGGAUUUUUUUCAAGGCUGCAAGGAUUUGCACUCUAACAGGACAUAUUUUGGCUUUGAGGUAGUAGACAAAGGAUGCUGUGGAGUAGGGGAGAAUACUAAUGGUGGCGAAAUUACAUGCCUUCCUUUGCAGACACCUUGUAAAGAUCGCACCAAGUACUUAUUUUGGGAUGCCUUUCAUCCAAGUGAAUUGGUUCAUGUAAUACUUGCCAAGAAGGCAUACAGCUCCAAGACAGAUUCAUAUGCAUAUCCUAUCAACAUUAAGCAAUUAGCAAUGCUCUAAAUAAUAUUUUACUUACUCCGUUAUAAAAUAAGUGAAACGCUUCUCUCAAAAAAUUCUCACAUAAAAGAGGUAAGUGUUUCAUUUAUUUCAAAACGGAGAAAAUAUUUUAUUUAAUAUUUUAAUUAUGCAAUAAACGUACAAUAACAAAUUCAAAUAGGAAUACUAAGAUGAUAUGGGUUACAAAGUGCCUCCAUUUGUCUUCCUCUUCCCCUCUCUCAUACCCUAACCUCCAUCGUUAGUGUUUAUAUGGAGUUUUAUUGGUUACUCCCUCCAGUCUUUAUUAGUUUAUCCUUU